CGGCGGCGGCGACGGUGGCAGGGACCCCGGGGCCGGGAGCAGCAGCACCCUCCUGGGAUUUCCACCGCGGCCGCAAGGCGGGGGCGCUGUCGUUCACCGGCCCAUGCUGGGCCCCCGAGCCCCGCGGAGGAGGCGGGACCGCCCUCGGCGGGACAGGAUAGAUGAAUGAGCCAACUCUGCGAGCAGGCUCUCUGAGGACGGCUCAGCUGGCCCGGGCUCCCCUCCCUGGAGCUCUCCCCCGGAACCAUGGAGAGUCUGAGUGAACUGCAGAACCCUCUGCUGCCCCGGAGCCCCGCCCCGCUGCAUGGCCGCUACCCCUACCCCGAGGCUUCGCCCAGCUGGUCAUGCCAGGAGAAGCUCUACUCCUACCUCCUGGGUGGGCCUGGCCCUGCUCGCACCCACCAGCUCCUGGACCCGGGUUCCCUGCAGCUGGCCGUGGAGGCCUGGUACAGGCCCAGCUGCCUCCUGGGGAGGGACAAGAUCAAGGAGCCCAGGGCAAGCACCUGUGAGACCAGCUUCACAGAGAACAGGGAGCUCCAGGCUGGGCCCACGGAGUGGUCCACAGAACCUGGCCAAGUAGAAGAGGAUAUCACCAUCCAGACCGUGUCCUAUGGGGUUCAAGAGGAGCUGCAGGGCCGGGAGAAUGACCAGGACGAGGAGGAGAGUGAUAUGACCUCCACAGACAGUGAAAGUGAAGACAACUUCGUGGCACUGCCCCCCAGGGACCACCUGGGUCUUACUAUCUUCUCCAUGCUCUGCUGUUUCUGGCCUCUGGGCAUCGCUGCCUUCUACUUCUCCCAGGGGACCAGCAAGGCCAUCUCCAAGGGAGACUUCCGCCUGGCCAGCACCACCUCCCGCAGGGCCCUCUUCCUGGCCACCCUCUCCAUCGCCGUGGGCGCCGGUCUCUAUGUGGCCGUGGUGGUGGCUCUGGCAGCUUACAUGUCCCAGAAUGGCCAUGGCUAGCGGUCAGCAGGGCCUGGCAUCCUAACGCCCCUGCUGCACCUGAGGAGCACUGGGGCUUGGGGUUGCAGACCUUCGGGAGAGCACGGGCCCCUCAAGACAACCUGCCAGCCCAGCUUGUUUGGGGGAGGCCUCCCAGGCUGCAGCCUGCAGGGCUCCGCAGUCCCUUCUUCUGGUCCCUGGCCCCCGGCCCCAGAGCAGAGCCACCCUCUAGCCCAGGCUACGUCAGGAAGCAGGAGAGGGUGGGGCUGCCCACCAAGCCAUCCAGGCAGGACCUACCUCUGGCUUGAAGCUGGCUGGGAGCUCAACCUCUUCUGCCCACACCCGAGAGGGUCACCUGCCCUGCCAGCAGCCAGUUCCCCGGCUCUGCCAGCUUUUCUGCCGAGAAAAAGCAGGAGGCUACCCGAAGAGAAAAGGACACCUGGGGUCAGGGGGUCUGACCCAGUUCUUUCCUCUAAUAGGCAUCUCCACUCUGGGAAAAAUCUGAGCAUCCCCAACUCCACUCUCUGGCCCCAUGAGGUCAACACCCCAGCCAACCAGGAGGGAAAUACACAGAGACACAGGGACCCCCUAGCUCUUUCUGGCCCUCUCCUGUGGGUUUGUAAGACAUCGUAGAUUCUAGAUAGAGAAGCGUCUCAGGCAUGUAAAGUGCAGCCAAGGCAGGUUCUUUGAACUUCCUUGUGUAGGAACAAAAAGCAGAUGUGACGACAGAGUCCUGAAACAUUGCCAAGCCACGUGGGCCUCCCCCCUCCCCCCCCCUGGUCCCCACCCCCAUCUUCCUCUUCUGGGCUCCCCCUGGGUGGCCCUGAGCUAAUGCCAUCCCAGGGAGAGAGUGUCAUCAGCCCACCAGCCACGAAGCAUAGGGCCCCGGAUCCAGCCCUGUGGGAAAGCAGUGAGGAGAGACCCUGGGACAUAGUGAGGAUAAAUGAGGGGAGGGAUACAGGACGAGCAUCGCUGCUGAGCAGCCAGCAGUGCUCGGAGGGCUUCCUGGAAGAGGUGUCCCUUGAGCAAGGUCUAGAGGGACGAGGAAAAUUUAUCUAGGGGAUUCGUUUUCCCAUAAUCCUUAGUAUUUGUGAACAGGGACAUGGCGGGAGUCUCCCGAGCUAUUUGGAUUUUGCCUCAAGCAUCUGGGCUAGAGCUAAAUUACAGAGGGGCUCUACCAACCCAGAGAAGGAGGUUGGGCAGCAUGUCUCUCAAAGACCAGUGAUGUUUUCCCACCUCUGAAUGCUGGGGGUCAGUGGUGGGCCCCUGGUCAGCCUCCUUCACUGAUGUCCCUACCCAGAGCUGCUCUCAACACCCCCAGCCACUAGGGAACAUCCAGAAUUUUAGAGGCAUCCAGGCAGCCGGGAGGGCAGUACAUUGGGAGGGCAGGUCUGCCCAAGCUCAAGCAAAGGACCCCACUGGGCAGGAUCUGGGGCGCUGAUCAUUCCCAGACCUCAUCCAGAGUCCAGGGCUGUGGAUCCUCCCCUGACCCACCUUGUCCCACCGUCCUCCCUACCCACUCCCUGCAUCCCCUGAGGUCCCACAGGCCCAGGAUCAGCAGUUUUAAUAUUCCAUUAUUGUAUAUAUUUAUCCUUGUAAUAAACAUUUCAGUAACACUGGGUUCCCCCCUGGGCCUCUUAGUGUCCUCGUCUGCCUCCACCUUUGCCCGCCACCCACUGACCUCCGCGACUGACCUCCAGCCCCACGGCUGUUGCUCUGGGCCCUCAGCAGUCUUCUCAAGAAGGCCAUAGGAGGAGGGGUGGUCAGGGGACCCCCCCA